AUGCGGGUGGUGGACUUCGACUACUUCCCUUCAACCGAAGCAGCCGUCUGGGAAGAUGGCGAGACGGACAGGCAAUGUCUGGCAUACGCGAUCAAGUCCGAUGAAGCUGCAGAUGCCCUGGCGAAUCAUGAGGUCGGUAUACGUGUCUGGGAAGAUGCCGAUGCUGAGACGGAUGAGGUCAUCUGCCUCCGUGUAGUGGCAGUGAACAACAACACUGCGAACAUAGAGACGCGAUUACUGCGAGUCGUCAUCCUCGAGCCUGAUAACCAAGGUGACAGCAGGACAUCGCUUUGGUGUACACAAGGUGUGAACUGCACACUGAACCUCACCGGCCUCCACUACACCCCUGGCGCCCGAGUCGCUUUGGCACAAGACUGCAGCGACCUGGAGUGCGAAAGACCGUCCGCAACGACAGUAUCGGAGCAGAGCUACGUACACGUCAUUACUGCGGCCGAGUCGCUUUUAGUCCAGCCAGGAAAGUGGUUUCUAUGCCGAUGUUUCGCAUUCGACAUGGUGAAACACGAUGCCGACGAGGGGGAGAAUUCUACAGUGACACACUAUGAAACGCAAGCUAUCCAAAUGCUGUUCUAUGAAGGGCCAUCUGACAGCAAUUUGGCCUACUGCACCUUGGGCUGGCCGAACUGCAGUGUGAGCCUGCCAUUUUCAACUGGCACACCGGACGUCGAAACAUCGCUGAGAAUCCUGGCUGCAUGUCCGCUGCCGGGGCAGACCGUGGAGGGCACGGAUGCGCCUUCGGUGCAAGCCUUGAUUUGGGGCGGCGUUGCGAACCAGACAGAGACUGGUCCCUAUCCGAUGGCGGAUGUCCAGGCACUGUACGAUGCUGGUGCUGGGCUGUACGGCCUGUGCUGGUGCAAGUCUGUGCCAGGGCGGCCCUGUGUGGACCUGGAGGAUUACAUCGUCCCAGCAGGCUUGUUCGUCUUGGUCGGACCGUACCCACAGGAGCUCACGCAGAUUUACAUGGGUGACACCCUGCAGGUUGCGAUCGCAGGCACUGGCCUAUCAGCCAACGACAGGCUCGAGAUCAAACCGAGCUGUGGCAGUCCGAAGAGUUUCCUGGUCACAGAAACGACGGACGGCUACAACUUCGAUUUCGGUGUAGUCCAGGAGCAGAGCAUACCACCAGGACAGUACAACUUCUGCUGGUGCCGCGAGUACUCCACAGAGAUGGCAUGCAAUCUGCCAGAUCACUGGAGGCUGGUAGGCGACAUUACGGUGAUCUGCACAGGUGACAGCUACAACAACGGUGGAGUCUGCAAUCAGUGUGGCCUGCCGUGGAACGGGCCCAACGAGGACAAGACGGGGUGCGUGAUGUAUGCGGACCGGGCGCUGGCGAUCAUUUUCAUGAACCUCUUCCUCACUUUGGCCUUCUUCCUCCUGAGUCUUCAGCUUGAGCUCACGCAUCCUGAUCGAGCCAGGCCUGCAGAAACGCCGGGAGCUCACUGGUUUGAGGGGAAGACCGGCUGGCGAGUGAGUGGACGCAGAGUCCUGAUCGAAGAUAUCUCGGUGGAGGGUGAAGGAGAUCACCUGGUGGUGACCACGCUUGGUUCGCACUUCCUGCGCGUUGGUACGACCUUCCGUGUCCACUUCACGCAAACCAAUCACUACCUCCUCGAUGGCCAGUACAAAAGGGCCACCGUCGUGGAUGGCAGCCGGUUGGACCUGCACAACUUAGAUGGUACUUUCUUCGCCGCCGACGCUUCUGGCGGCUUUUUCGUCCUGUCCAUCCCAUGUACUUUCUGGUACGCGCAAGCCUAUGCCUGCGUUCCGCUGUUGCUAUUUUGCACCACGCUGAUAGUAGCAGGCACUUCUAUGGUCACUUUUGCACCGCCGUACCCUGUGGCCGUCACGCUUGUCACGGCAGUUCAGAUGGCUAUAGCGCUGCUCUUUCGUGGGUUGUGGAAGUCGCGGCGGGUACAGACGCCGCUGCGCCGGCGUUUGCAGCAGUACAUUGCGAUGAUCGACAGUCAAAACCCGCGCCCGCAGCCCUGUGAUCGCGGCGCCAGUCGGGCUGUGACCGCUUUUCGCCUCUUUGAGCUGUUCGAGUUCUUCCAAGCUUUCAUCAAGUUCCGGACCAUGUACUACAUCGAUCCGAACCUGGUUCGGCCAAUCACGCGGAAGCACAAGCUGAGCUUUGCCGAGCGCGUGGGGCCGCAGCAGGUGCAGUUCUUCAUUAGUCAUUGGUGGGGCACACCUUUCGUCCGCUUCUGCGAGUCGGUUCGGCGACAUGCCGUGCAGAUAAGUGGCUCGGAGGAUGAGAGCACAUGGAAGCUGGUGUCGUACUGGAUAUGCACAUUCAGCAACAACCAGUACCGCAUCAAGGAGGAGCUUGGCACCUACCACAAAGACUCCUCGUUCUACUUGGCCCUGCAUAGUGGCGUGUGCAAGGGAACCGCCAUGAUCAUGGACGAGCGCGCGUCGUUGCUGAAUAGAUCCUGGUGCCUCUUUGAGCUGCUACAGACGGUCACGCUCGAGAAGACCCAGGCGAACUUCACUGGCCUCUACUUCUGCACGCCGACGGGUGUCCUGAACAACGGCGAUGCGACAGUGGAGCUCGCGAUGAACAUUGGCAAGCGCAUCGCUGGCCUCAGUCUUCAAAGCGCCACGGCCACCUCGCAGGAUGACAAGGAUAUGAUCAACAAGCUUGUUCUCGAAGAGAUGGGAAGCUUCCACAGGAUCGACCGAAUUCUGCGGGGUCAUUUGGCUGAUGCCCUGAAGAAAUGCCAAGGGAUGGUCGACGAGCAGUUUGACAAUCUCUUCACGGAGUUGCAAGGAAAUGCACCGGAGAAUGAGUUGGAGUCGAUGGGCGAGAGUCAUGGUGAGAGUCCUGUGCCGGAUGAGUCCGUCGUCUCCAUGGUAUGA